UCCCAAUUCAACAACAUCACAACAACCAAAAUAAAAGCAAAAGAUUCACUAGUUCUAGCUCCUAACACUUUAGUUCAGCCUAAAAGAAACACAAAACUCUUUUGUCAAAAUGGUUGAUACUCAAAACACCCUUUUCGUCUUCCGACCAGACCAUCAGGCUCUCGCACCUCAACCUCUGACUCCUUUCUCUGCCGUGACUGCGCACCGUGCCUCAGCCAUAAGACGUUGCCGCCUCAUGAUCUCUGCCAAAACUCUUGAAAUGAUCCUCGAGGAAGAGAUAGCGCCAGAAGAAGAUCAUCCAAGCGUUGCCAUUGCCAUGGAUUCUCUUCUGGUGUGUCCAGCGACCUCUUGUUUCUAGGACAUCAAGAAACAAGUCUUUUUCUGUUUUACAAAUAGCUACAAGUGCCCUUGAUGAUCUUCACCACAAAUAUUGUGUUUUUUCUUGUCAAAGAUAAGUUAGUGAUGUAUUUACAUCACUAUUGUCAUCUAUGGCAAGUGUUUUGUUUUUCAGUAGUCAAGUUCAAGUUUUUUUUUUCUUUU